AUGGCGACCGUCGAUAUGAUGAUGGAUCCCGGCUGGAAGUAUUUGCGGCAGGCGCAAGACGAGGCGAUCAAGGAGCAAGCCGCUCGACGGUUCGACAACAAAACGCACUGCUGGCUGCCGGACCCCGCCGAGGGCUUCGUCGUCGCCGCCAUCAGUGUUCAAGAGGGCGACAAUUACACGCUGACACUUCCCGAUGGCAGUCAGAAGAAGGCGACGAAAGCUGACGUGCAAGAGAUCAAUCCGGCCAAAUUCGAGAAGACCGAAGACAUGUCGAAUCUCACGUUUUUGAACGAGGCGUCGGUGCUCCACAAUCUCCGUCAACGCUACUAUUCAAUGAUGAUCUACGUAGGCGGCGAAAGACUAAAACAAUGA